AUGGCACCACCUGGCGUGUUCUUUUCCUUAAGGCUUUCACAAGCGAUAUAUGCUGUUGCUACAUUCGCGCUCUCGAGUAUCGCUGCACAUUCAUACUUUACUUCGUUCGAAAACGUCCCGUGGGAAAUCACACUUGCGUUAUUCUCCUCGUUCCUCUCACUCAUAGCUGUCGGCUACCUAGCCUUUAUAUCCCUUUCACCCUCGAAAGCACUGAGCAAACCCUCCUCCUUUACAGUCUACUGGCUUGUCUCUUUUGUAUCUCUGGCUGCUUUCAUCUGCCUUGCUAAGUUCUUGGCCGGAGCCAAUGAGUGCGAAGGCGCCCUGUGUACGGUGACCAAAAUAGUAACAGCUGUGGUAUUCUUCAGCUAUGCCGUGUGGGUAACUGCCACUACGCUUAUCGGAAUAGAAAUAUCGAAAGACAACGGAAGAGCCGGAGAGGUGGCUCAGGAAAAGCUGACGGCUCUCUCGAAUGACUAG